CAAACCUAGUGAUAACUAACAUCCAAAUAGAAUAAAAACAAAGACCCAAACAAAAGUCAAAUAAAGAUGCUGAUUUAUGCAGUGUCUUUAUUUGACCUUUGGGCUUGUUUUUGUUCAUUUGAAUAUGUAUAUAUAUAUAUAUACAAUGCUCAAAGUGGCGAGUAAAGCAGGGGUAUGCAUACUCCCACUUCUCUAAUCUGGCAUACCCCCAAUUCUUGUGCAUGAUCAUCCUGUUGCAGUGUGUGAUUACAGAAUGAAAAAUGCUAUCACCAUUUUAAGCAUGAGUGUACCCCUACUUCUGAAUUCUCACUUCGAGCACUGUAUAUAUAUAUAUAUACACACACAUAUAAAGAUGUCAUUUGAUUCAGGUUACUAAAUUUGUGUGAGGUUUGGUAGCUGAAUAGAUUACUUGUAGUUUACUUUUUUAUUUGAGAGGGAGGGGAUUGUGUUGCUAGGUUCCUGAAUCAAACAUAUGAAAUAUCUUUUCAGUAUUUCCUCCAAACUGAUUUUUCCUGUUGUAGAAUGACAGACACUGGUGGAGAUGAAGAAUCAACCAUUGAAAAACAGAUGAAGUUUGUUAUUGUUGGUGAUGGAUCAGCAGGAAAGACAUCACUUGCUAGUAGAUUUGCCCAGGAAUGUUUUGAUAGACAGUAUCGCCAGACUUUAGGGGUUGAUUUCUUUUUGAAAAGAAUUAUUUUACCAGGUAAUGUCAGUGUUGCUAUUCAACUGUGGGAUAUUGGAGGCCAAACAUUAGGGGGUCAGAUGUUGGACAAGUAUAUUAGUGGAGCACAUGCAGUGUUGCUGGUCUAUGACAUCACCAAUUACAGCAGUUUUGAGAAUCUAAAUGACUGGCUUGGAACUGUGCAUCAGGUUUGUGGAAGUGAAGGAGGAUUACCUCAUCUUGCCCUUGUGGCAAACAAAUGUGAUUUAGAACAUCUUCGGGCUGUAAGACCAGACAAACAUAUCAAGUUUGCUCAAUUAAAUGGAAUGUCUUCUCAUCUUGUGGCUGCUAAAACAGGAGAAUCUGUAGAUGUGUGUUUCCGGAAGAUAGCUGCUGAGCUCUUAGGAAUCCACCUGUCACAUGCUGAACAAGAAACUGUACAGCCAGUUGUACAAGCUGAAAUUAUUCAUUACCAACAUUUAUCUCAACCCACCCAGACAGCAGCUACAACCACCAAAAGCACAAAGACCAGUAUAUGUUCACUACAGUAAUGAUAAGGCUUGUACUUUCAGAAGUAUUCAUGAAAAGCUAUGCUAUAUCAAUGGCAAAAGGCAAAUCUUUUUUAGCCAAAUAUCAUUCAGCAAGGAGUGUUGUAAGCACAUUCAGAUAUGAUAUCUUACAUCUGUGAUAUAUAUUUAUUUACCUUUCUUACAAACUGAAAAUAUUCAGUGUUCUUCAAUGGUAUUUCAGCUUUUGUCAUUACUGACUAUUCUUUUCACAUACUCUUACCUUAAAGAAGAUUACAUAAAUAAAAUUUUAGUUGCCUAUGUUAUUUACACAUACUUAGAUAUAACACAAGAACAAUAGAGUCUGGAAAACAUAACACUACACGUUCUUUACUUAGGUUAUUAUAUGGUUAAGCUGUAAGAAAAAGUUAUUACAUAAUAACUUUUAUGAACAAAGUGUACAUAAUUUGUAGAAAAUAUUCUUUCACCAGAAUAACCUUUAGAGAAAAGUUGUUUAGAAAAGUUAUAUCCAUUAGAGAAGUCAUUCAGAAGUAGAACCAAAGCUUUGAACUUCUUUUAUGUAUAAGUAAUCUGUCUGUUUUACUUUCUCUUUUUGUCUUAUUUCAGUUUCAGACAUGGUGCUUAUUGUGAUAUUUGGUGAUUCUUGCACUUCUCAAUCUGUUUUUUUUUUUAAGCCUCUAUGUGUAAACUUUCACAACCUAGUUUGAGACAUGUCUUAUCCUUUACUGUUUAAAUGCUUUGAUAAGUCCAAAAUCUUUGUUGUUGUGUACUGACCCAAACAAAUAUAAUGAAACUGCUGUAUAGGAUACUUUGUGUACUAUAGUGUACUUUUUUUUUCUGUAACUGAGACUUAUCUAUAAUUUCCUCAGAGAGUCACGUGAUCUCAACGUAAACUUCUUCAUUAAACAGUGAAUACCUAUCGAACAUUUCAGGCCUAAAAUUUUCUAACUAGAUUUUGUUUCAUAGGAAGUACAUGGUGGGUAUUAGGUAAUAACAUUUUCUCUGUUUAAGGAUUCUGUCAAUAAAUAUUUGUUUUCAUACAUCUGUUUUAUAUCUUAUUUAAUACAUUAGUACACAGUUUUUAUUUGCAGGAAAAUUCGUUUUAUCAGAAUUCUGCUGGCAGUGUUCUUUUGGCUAGCUUUUUUCCUGGUCACAUCAGCUAUCUAAAAUUCAUUAUCAGCUUUUUAUCUUUUCACCAAUGCCCACUGCAAGAUGAGUUCUUCAGCAAGACCACUUUGAGGUAUCCUCAUGAUAUACAAAUUUACUCAAUUGUAUGAUCCAAACUGUACCAAUUCCAUGGACUAUCAUGCAAAUAGCUGGCACCAAGGAAGUGACUGCCCACUCAUCUGGCUUAUGCUUGCCCACUUUUAAAAAUAGGUUUUACGAUAGCCCAUUGCACUGUCUCCAGUAAAAGACCUUUCUGGCUGGUGGUCCAAUGGAGGAUCCAGAUACUUAUAUAGGUCCCUCCAAUGUGAAUUCUCAUCCCCUCUUCUUCAAGUGGAGCACAGGAGACCUUUGCCACUUACCAGUUCCUAAUCUCUGGGGUGGCAGAGUAUGAACAGUACUCCUCACUGGAUGGGUUUAGCACAAUACAGUGAGAAUUAGGACAGUAGUAACACUGUCAGUGCAGUAUAGAUCACCCCUCACACAGUUAAUGUGUCCUCCUUCUACAGCCAGAGUCUGUCCAGUAAAGUUGAGCUAAGCAGAUACUGUACUGUCUGAUCGAGACCUUAACCACACUACACAUACUGGCUCACCAACUACUUGUGUGCUGGUGCUCAUUUGAACAUAAUCACAUUCUGCCCAUCCUAUUAGGUUCUUUUGUCUUUCCCUCUCUUUCAUCUUGGGCAAAGAAUAUACCCUGGUUGAGAUGAGAUGUAGUCUCCCAUGGGUGUGCAACUAUGGAACCCCUGUCAUUGGGUGUUUAUAGUUAUCCAUGGAUCUGAAGAAAUAGAUAUAUGUAUGUAUACACACAUGCAUGCUUGUGGACAGUGUUUUGGACUUCAUCCAGUUUUCACAAGUAGUAAUUAUUAUGGUUCAUCAUUUUCUCAGUGUUUCAUUUAGCCUGUUUGAAACAUUCUUACUACUGUUUUGUUGUAAUUAAUGAACAUGUAUAUAUACUCACAGAUUAUUCAAAGUUGUUUGCUCUGCUUGAACAAAAAUAAUGAAAAUAUUAUAGAUUGUAAUGUAGAGGAAAAAUCUUUACUUCUGAAUGUUUAAUGAUAAAGCCCUUCCUUAUAGUUAAUAAUAUUCACAUAUUAAAAAGGAGAAUUUGUGAUCAUACUAGCCAAAUUACUGUACAUGAAGGUUGUGGAGUGUAACAAUGUCAGUAUUCUUACAUAAUAGGUAUUUCCUAUAUAUAUAUACACAGGUUUGACCCUACUACUUUACAAGUUUCUAAAACUAAAGUGGUAUUAUUUGUUUUAUACUUUUAAUUCAAGACUAUUUUAUUAGGUCUAUUACAAGAUUACCUUGGACAAUAAAAUGAUUUCAAUAAAUUCAACCAUAACUAGAUUAAAUAAUCAAAUAAUUGGAAAUUGUAAUUGUUAUUCAAUGAAUUGAUAAGAUUAUUUUAUAGGUUCCUACCAUUUGAACAGUUUAAGUAAUCAGUUUAAGCUGUUAUAGUUGUCCAAAAUGGAUCUUAUUGUCCUUUCAACAAAAGGCACUUUAACAGCUAGAUGUUGUAUCUUCUAAAACCCAGGAAACGUUAAAAUUAUGAAAGGAAAAUGUUCCUUCAUGCUUACAGUGUUAUUAUUUAUUAUAUUUUAAACCAUCAGAGCUAGUAGUUCUUGUACUUUUGAACCUAAUAAAGCCACAGCCACAAUGGCAAAACAUUGGCUGAAAUUAAAAAAAAAAUUUAUAUUAUUUUCUCGUAGGUAAAAGUCUUUUUUUUUAACUUUAUAGCUAUAGCAUCUAAGUCCCUCCAGUAUGCUCUACAAAUUCUGAAAAACAUAAAAUGAAUGUUUAUGUGAGAGUACAUUUGACAUCUAGCACAGUAAAAGUAUUUUGGCAAUGUAUGUUUUGAAUGUAUGAGUUGUCCAGUCUGUAAGUAUAUGUAUAUUAUUUCAUUAGUACUAUGUAUAAUCUUUUGUCUGAGUUUUUAUUUACUAUCUGUUUUAAAAAUUUUAGAAAUCUUUAUUUGUGUAGCCAGAUGUAUUUGAACUCAUUUGUACAUCAGGCCUCUUCCUGGUUGAUUAAGAAAAGGUAUUACUGUAUAUCUUUUAUUAAUGAUAUACUGGUAUUGUUGCAAUAAUGUUACAAACUAAGUUGAAUUCAUCUAUUAAGCCUAUUUUAAAAAUUCAAAAGAAAAGGUAUAGUAUUUUGUGCAUCUUUUACUAUACAAAAAUAAUUUCCAGUUAGUAGAAAGAGCUAAGUAUGAUACAAACAUUAUUUUUAUUCAAUCUAUUUAUUGAAUAACAAGGCGAAAUAAAAAGAUGUUCAAAUACUUUAGUAUUUAUGUUUAUUAAUAUUUCCCCAGGUUUCCUAAUUGAUUUUGUUAGACAAGUUUUUAACUGUUUUCUCAAUGAAACAUUGGUCACGUCAUCAAAUGUUUUUCCUUAACUUUUAACAAGUUUCACCAAAAUGUUUUCUAGAAGUCUUUUUUUUUUAUGUAAAUAUUUGACAUUGUAAGUUUUUCAAUACAGGGAUUUAACCUUUUACUUGUAGAAAUAUUCACGAGCAGAGAACUGUGUGUACAAGUUAUAGUUAUCAAAACACUUUUUUUAGUAGUUAAUUACAAAACACCUUGUGCUAGUUGGUUAAGAUAAAUGACAUUGUCACAGCAUUAUAAAACUUGGAAUAUGUAUAUGUAUACCAAAUGAAAAUAAAAAAUAGUUCACUUCA